UGGCCGAUGCAGUGGCAAUGACAUUUGGCGACUUCACUUAGGGCGAGCAGAAAGACCUCAUUAUGCUCUUCAUGGGAUGUUUCCAGGUCCAGAUCUGAAAGCCUUUCAAACCAAAGCAUAGAGAAGAUUGUGACCUGAACAUGCUGGGUCUCAGGAUGUUUCUUCUGUUGGGACUGAGCUGCACGUCUCAAGUGUCAAUUUCAACAGCGGCGUCCAGUGAUCCAUGGGACCAUUGUCGCGAGAACAAUUGUAAGGACAAGUUUGGAGAUGGGACAUGUAACCGAGAAUGCACGGAGUCACGUUGUCUUAGAGAUGGCUUCGACUGCCUGAAGAAACGGGGCCACUGCAAGCCGGGACACACUGAAUAUUGCCGCGCUUAUUACGCCAGCGGUCUUUGUGACCAGGGCUGCAACAACGCUGCCUGUGGAUGGGACGGAAGCGACUGCUUCAGAGACCAGAGCCCACUGUGGGCUAAAGGCACCCUGCUUCUUCACGCCAGAAUCUCCAAGCAAAAUUUCUCCCUCGCUGUCACUCCUCUGCUCUGGACACUCAGCGUCAUCCUGCAGUCGCCUCUCAAACUGAGGGGAAACAUUUCCCUCCCGGCUAACAUGAACUUGUUUGAAAUCGACCGUCAGAAGUUUGCUGACAUGCUGGCUCAUUCAUCGCCAACAGACUCUAAUGGUUCCCUCCUUUUCCUACAAGUCGACAACAGGGCUUGCUCCAGGACACCUACUACCUGUUUCCCCUACGCUACGGAAGCCGCCAGUUUCCUACAUGCCGUGAUAAUGCUGAAGCCUUCGACAUUCCCCACCCUGCCGGAGCUGGAGGGCAUUAUCGGUAUCAGAGGUGUCCAAGAGGAAAUAGGAAGCAGAGAGGAGCAAAUGGAAGUUGAAGAGCAAACCCCUUCCUGGAUUUGGGCUGUAGCUGCCAUAGCGGUUGGCCUUCUGAUCUUGCUUCCUCUGGUGGGGUUCUUGGUGAUGAGGAGGAUGAGGCUGCAGCGAUCAGAGAACAAUGGCACCGUCAGGGUGAGACAUCGGCCUAAAGUUGUCAACGAUAACGACGGCAACAGAUCCAAGGCCUGGAUGCAGCACACACCACACCAAGAGCAACGGGUCCAAUCCAGCAGAGAAAAGGAGAAAAUCAGCCUUCGGAAGAAAAAGAAGGCAAAAGAAGCGGAGAAAAAAAGAAGGAGAGAACCAUUAGGGGAGGAUGCCAUCCGAAUGCGGCCUCUUAAAAGGGACCAAGAGCCAGGAAGUGACACAGAUUUCACCCAAAGCUCAAUGGAGGACAUCAACAUGAGAUGCUCCAGGCGACAGGAGGACCCCUCCAUCUGUGACCACAGGAGCCCAGAGCAGAGACACUUUCGCUCUGGAUCUGCUCAAACCCGCAGGCCAAUACAACCUCCACCUAGAGGAUGGGAAAGGAAUGCCAUGCCUCCACCCUUGCUCAGUCCUCCUCAGCAGUCGGCAGAGUGGUGUGGUCCAGAUGGGUCCGUGGUUCUGAUACGAGCUGUGCGCAGCGGGCUUGACAGGGUGGUUCUGGAGCUGCUGCAAGCUGGAGUUCCAGUAAACAACACAGACCAUACUGGGAGAUCAGCCCUACACUGGGCAUGCUCAGUAAAUCACCUCUCCCUGGCAAGGACCCUCAUUCGUUAUGGGGCAGCUGUGGACCUACAAGACAACAAGGGGGAGACAGCACUCUUCCUCUCCUCCCUCCACGGAUGCUACGACACAACAAGGCUUCUCCUGCUUCAUGGUGCCAACCUGGAUCUGCACGACCGGAGAGGUCGUCGUCCAAUCGAUGUGGCCAGAGAGGCCAUGCACCACCAGGUUCUGGAGCUCCUACUGGCCCACCAGAUCCAGAGAGGGCCUGUUCCUGUAAAUACGGCCAGCGACGUCAUGUGGGAGGAGCGCGCUCUAAUGUACCAGCCGUGGGUCAGUUCUCCGGGUCUCCCUGGAAGAAGCGCCUCUUUCUCUGGGAUGAUACCACAUCGAGAUAUGGCCUCAUCACCUCAAAAUGACUGGUCAAUGGGCCGGAUGCAAUACCCAUCUCCCCAGAACUGGAGACCACAGCUCAACCAAUCAGCAACGGCAUUCGUCCCUCCAAGAGUCAUGGGUCGUUCUCCUCGGCCAAUUAGCACCCUGCAGGAGGUGACUUCAGAAGAUGAGGAUCGUGACCGCCAUCAUGAAAACCCUCGAGCCACUACACCACACUUCCUUUCACCCCAGCCAGCCCCCCGACAGCGCUCUUUCUCAUGUACCCAGCAUGCACUGCAGCGCCGCUCCAGCGCUCUCCAGCCUGAGCCAAAUUACCUCAUUGUGACGGACAGAACAGCCAGCGAGCCCAUUGAGAGGGUGGUGGUUUCACCCCCAGCGGCUACUGGGUCCCAACCAGAUCGCCAACCAACUAUGAACAGUGACAAUACCAGCAGAGUCGAACAGGCGGCAGUGAGUUCAGUGAAUACGGAGCAGAAACCCAACACAAACAGUACCUCUGACUCCACACAAACAGUCCUGUAGGAAAAAGAAACAGGCAAAUAAAAUAUCACCUGAAUACAAGAGCAAGGACAGAACCCGGAGAGUAACUGUGUGCCAGGUUCAUUGGUUUGUAUGAAGACAAUCAAAAAAUUGUUGUACAGUAUUUAACAGCUCUGUCACCCCUUGGAAAUAUUCUUUGCCAUUUUUCACUUUAGGCUUUUCUUUUUUCUGGAGGGGUUUGUAUGGUUGUAAAUAGUAUAUGGUCAGAGUACCAGUUACUUAAAAUUCAGAGAAAAGUCUUUGGCGUUGGGUAAAACUACAACAAUCUGGCUCCUUGAAAGGAAAAUGGAAAGUUAAGAAAUGAUUCAAGGCUUUAGCACAGGGUCAUUUAGGUUGCAGCAGCAUUGUUCUGAUCCCGGCAGAAUUAUUUUUAUUGCUGUCUAAAAUCAAAAUAGCACCGAUCGCGAAUGAGGUCAAAAUGCUAAAUUUAGCAUUUUUGUUAGCGCAUGCGCUGCGGCCAUUUUAGAUCCGGACAAACUUGUAUAGUAAAGCUUGUACAGUUUACUUGUACGGGUCAAAUAAUUAACAGAGCUCAGCCAACAUACUAUGGUUACAACAAAACACUGCUGCUUUAGUAUCUGCUGGAUAUGGUGAUCGUGACCAUGUGAAGAGAGCUUUUUUUAUUCUUAUUCCUAAACUCCGAAGGAACGUUGAGGAAUGUCAACGCUGGAUACAAGCUUGUAAGCAAGAAGGCUUUAGUGUGUAAAAUGUGAUUAAACACAACUAUGUGCUCUUUACAUUUCAUUGAUAGUAAGGAGUCAACAAUUAAAUUUUUAGACCCCAUAGCAUUGACUGUGACAUAUUUGCCAGUGGGUUUAUUUGGCUUUUCAUCACAUAAUCCCCGACAUCCCUGUUUGUAAUCAGAAACACACAGUGUUUUUGCAAAAGCCCUAUUUUCAUUUCAAACAUAGGCCUGUAAAAAUAUCUAUAUUUUUCUUUGUAUUAGCUGUAAUUCUACGCUGAUUCAGCAGGUUUCUUCCGCGCGUACGAUCCAUUAUGCGAGAGCAGAAGACAGCCUCACCUACCUUUCUACUAAUACUGCGUUUUUUUCUGCUCACUUUGAGGCCUCUUCAUUUCAAACAACGUUUAAGCUAUGCUACGCUGGGUUUCUCUACUGAAGCACGUUGAAUGAAGCUCCCAGGACGUCGACAUCUUCCAAAAUGAUUGGUAUUGCAGAUGUUGCCAUUCGAGGCUUAUACUCAAUUCAACUCAAGUUGUCUCUGGGUGCUUGAGCAUGUGGCGUCAUCAGUCCAAUACAUACACAAUAAAGGAACUUUUUACAUA